GAAUUAUCUUCAUGGAAUUUAUUAACAAGAACAAAGAAGAAAUAUCAGUUUAAAGACUUUCGCCUAACGCUUUUAUGGAUUCUUGGCAUAAUUAUUCGAUAUGCUCUCUUUUUACCCAUAAGGUAUAAAUAUAUAAAAUGUUUAAAACUAAAUGCUAUUUUCUGUGUUAUAUCAUUAUCUUAUUUAUUACGACUAUUGUUUAGAUUACAAAGAAAGCUGCAUAAUUUUGCCUAUCUAACAACGUUCCGAACUCUAGCGCGCGCGAAUCGAGCUAAAGUUGGUGGAGUUUGUGUAACAAAUCAUGCAUCACCACUAGAUAGUGUAGUCUUAUCAAGAGAUAGAUGCUAUGCUAUGGUAGGACAAAAACAAGGUGGUCUACUUGGUAUUUUGAUUAAGAGUAUUAUGUAUAACAAAUCCCAUCUCUUAUUCGAAAGAUCUGAAGCCAAUGACAGAAAAGCACUAUGUAGAAGGAUGAAGGAACAUAUUAAAGACGAUACCUUGAACCCGUUGUUAAUUUAUCCAGAAGGUACAUGCGUGAAUAGCACAGGUGUAUUGCUAUUUAAGAAAGGUGCAUUUGAAAUUGGUGGCACAAUUUAUCCUGUAGCCUUGGAGUAUGACCUGAUGUUUGGUGAUAUCUAUUGGAACUCUUUAGCUAAAGGUUGGCUUAAAUAUCUUAUUGGUAUAUUUACUUGUUGGGGCUUAGUAUGCAAUGUUCACUACUUACCACCGGCGAAAAUCAAGCCAAAUGAAACCGUUAUCGCUUUUGCCAACCGAGUCAAAACCGAGAUUGCUAAACACGGACAAAUACCUAAUUUGCCUUGGGAUGGACAAUUGAAAAGAUUAAAUGUUAAGAAAUCAUUUCGAUUGAAAGAGCAAGAAUUUUACAGCAAGAUUUUAAAAACAGAAUAG